AUUCAAUAAUCGACUUUUUCGAUGCUUAGUCUACUCACUAUCCACAAGAAGCUUCCAACGCAUAAAAGCUUCCAACGCCGUGCUGAUGCCCUGUGUAUCUUAAGCUCGAACUCUCACGUACUCUUUAUCCCCACCCCGUAGUAAUUGAAAAGCAUCCGAAAGACACAAGAAACCAGCGAACCAGCUGCACGGUUGGGUUGCCGGAGCAAAAACACGUUUCAGUAUCAAAGUUUCGCUCACACCGUCGGGAAGCAGUCCGUUGCCGUACGAUCGAACGGCAACACGUUGCGAAGGCUAUAACCCUGCCUGCAAUUCCGGUGAGGUUUCUCUUUCCUUUUGGCCCACCAAUCCAAUCCGUGGUGGUGCGAUCGUGUGUGUUUACUGGGCGGCCUGGGAGCAGCAUAAGCCCAGCGGCUGCGUGUGCUCUGUGCAUUGUGCAACGACGACAUGCACAAUCAAGCAUCGAACGCAUAACGAACGCACAGGAAAAAGGUCUAGUUUGCUUUACUGUUUUCGACGUGUGUAAAUGCUUCGGCUCGGAUCGCCAAAAUAAAUCGCCACCGUAUCCCGUGUGCCGUUAAAUUCAGAAGUGAAUAUUUUCGAAGGUUGCUUAUUUUCAUCGUCUGUCCGAUCGUUGAAGUCUAUGUGCCGGGCAUUCAUAAUAGUGUCGCAGCGAACAGCAGCGGGUGGACCGAAAGCCGCCGUCCAGUUCCGGUUGCUAGUGCUGUGUGCCAGGGUAAGACAGAUCGGGUGUACCAGUGUGUCGCAACCGAGCAGUUCGUUCAUGCUGCAAAGCGCUAAAUCAAACGGUGCGCGAGUGAGUCGCAAGCGGUCGCUAUAAAGGAGGGAGUCUAACAAACCUGUACCCUUAACACCGAUCGCCGUGGAGAAAUCGAUAUUGUGCAAUCUACCCUCCCGUGUCGCGGCACGCAAACGAGAGAAACGUAAGCGUAGAGGAGAAGAAAGAAAGAAAAUUGAAUGCAAAAUUGUCAACCAGAGUAAACGUUUGAGAGAUCGUUUGAGAGAAACGGUGUGAUAGAAACCCCGUAAAGGAGAGAAACAGCAGCUCCUGCGCAAGGGGCCGUAUUAGCGCUAGUUCGUACGACUGAGCGAUCGCGAUCACGUUCGUGCAAAAGAGACGGGACGGUGUGGUGCAAUUCGAAAGGAAAAUGCAGUGAUACACUUUCCGUUUGAAAAGAAAAGUUUCGCUUUUGUUUGAAUAGAGGAAAAAACAGGCAGUGUGGUGAGGUGCUGCAGCCGGGAGAUUCAAAAUCGGUGCAGAGCGAAAACGAAGAGCAAGAGAAGCAAUCAAAUCGAGUUCGAAAACAAAACGGUGCAUGGUGGGUGCUUUACCGAAGGGAGCAUUUGUCUGUUUUUGGUGGGCAAAGUGUUUUUUUGUGAAUGAGUGUAGAAAAUGAUUCAAUCCUCAAUCGAUCGAUCUAAUUGAUCGAAAUUACGCUUCCCUUCCUUGACGAAUCAGAGAACCGAGAUACCGACCAGUGCACAAAGCGAAAGUGGGCAGGGGAUUGGCUUUGAAUUGAAAUUUCCUGUUUCAUUGUGGUGCAGAAACAUACCAGAACAGAGGACGGGGUGUUGGAGUAUCGGUCCGAGUGUGCAGUGUCCUGCAACAGACACAAAAUGGGCGAUAGUAAAGCGGCAGUGCCAAAGUCCGCCAUCAUUUGGUUGGCAGUUUUGUGCAAUCUUGGCUUAGCAUUGCCAAGAUCGGCAGCUCAACAGAACAACAACUUCUACUUCGCACAAUCGCAGGGCCGGUUUGUACCGUCGUUCGAGAACCCGCGGAACGGUUUCUUCCCGUCGGCAUUGCAGCGCCAGCAGCCACCACCGGACUCGUACCAGGAACAGACACUGUUCGUCAACAGCAACAACGUGGACAGGGGCAACGGAGCAAACGAUGGAGCUGCUGGUACGCGCGGUAUCACACCGUCCUACUAUCAGUUUACCUACACGACCCCACGGAGUUCGGAUAUUUUCGAAAUAUCACCACGACCCUUUUCCGCAACACCGUCGUCGAAUGCCGGCUUCCAGUACUCGCGCAGUCCACCGAGGAGUGACUUCUUCUCCAAUGGACUCACGGCCAGUCGGAGCUUCCCGGCUACGAACCGUCAGCUAGCGGUCAGUUCGCAACGCAAAAGUCCGUUCAGCAGCUCGUCCGGUGGAUUCCCGGAGCUGUCCACCACCACCGAAACGCCCCAGCGUCCACCACCGCCAGCACCCGCUCCAUCUUCUCCGUCCGAAUCGGCAUCCGUACGCGAUCGUCAGCUAUCGUACAUCUCGAACCGUGCCCGACCGUUCGCGAGCGAAGAUCAGCAGCAGCCACCGACUCGCGCCUCGGCCUAUCAGGCGGCGUCCCAGCAGCGGCAGCAGCUACCACGCAGCCCAUCGUCAGUGUCCGGCGGUACGCGGAACAGCUUCACGAAUUCUAGAUCAAAACCGACCGAUAGUGCACCGUCGGCCGGUGGCAGUCGAGGAUCGCAGACGGGUUCGUCGGCUGGUACCCAGGCUGCCCAGAAUGGUACCACGAACGGGCGCUUUGGAAGCAGUGGCACGCAGAACAGUCGUACUACUGCACGUCCGAACCGCUAUCGAUCGAUCCCGACCACCACGACAACAACGACCGAGGCGGCAACGGAGAGAACUACCACGGUGGACAGUGUUGCCGUGCGGAAUCGAUUCAGUGGCAGAACGCCAGCGCCGAAUCCAUUCCGGCAAACGUUCGAAGCAAAACGUGUGCCCACAGCGAAUGCUGCGAUCGCUACGCGUGGUUCCUUCCCAAGCGCAACCAAGCUAAAAACGACCACUACCACAACGACCACCACAACGACUACAGCAAAGGUACCGAUCCUGUCACGGUUCAUCCAUCAGCCGGCCAAACCGAUCAUACCGAGCAUCAACAUCACGCACAACGGAUCGGCCAAGUCGGCCGAAGUCAUCUACGACUACGAUGAUUACGAGGAGUCCAAGGAAUCGACCGGAUUCGAUGGUGCAAAACAGCAGGAAAUUAACGAUUUUCAACCAACAUCCGUAGCGAAGAACAACUCCAUCUUGCUUACGAGCGGACUGCACGAACAAAAGGUUCCACCCGGUACCGUGCUGUCACCAAACGUGGGUGUUACUGCUUCAACACCCGUUGGGUCUGGAAAAUCUGUGCACGAAGAUCCAGAUGGACGUUUGAACAAUAUCAGUGAGAAUGAAUAUUACGAUACAGUGCGGGAUUCCGAAACGGCUCCAGGAGAUUCGGUGGGUGUUGAGGACCAUACGGUGAUUCUGACGGAUAACUUUUACCUACCGAACGGAGGCUCGGAAGAAACGUUCGAGGAGGAUGACGAGGAACCGGAAGGUUUGCAGCGUGAGAUCAACAGUACGGCCGAGCUGGGAGCAGAACAGCAGGAGAAACUGUACGACGAGGAGUAUGUGUACGACGACGAUGAACCCAUCACGACCACUUUAAGGCCAACAGCUAAGACGGUGGCCGUUCCACCGUCUGCUACAGCGGACCAGCUGGAUGAUACCGCAGAUAUGUUACAGUUUUCGGACGAGGAUGUAAAUGAUGAUAAAUUAAAUGUGAAUCUGCCAGGGACAGCCGGUGGAACGAAAGAAACAAUACCCGAAGGUACUGCGUCAACGGCUGCACCAACAUCCCGGACGGAAUCCACAACCGAAUCGAGUCUCUCAACGACCGAACGUGUGGCAAGCUCAAGCGAAGCGGAUGCAGCUACCAACGCCACAACGGAAAGCUGGGUAGUGGUGGCAUCCGUGCAGACUAGCCGCAGUGUUUCCGGUGCAAGAUUUCUGCCAUUCCCGCAGGUCGAGCAGGAAGAGAAGAAGCAACCGCUGGCGGAGCUGGAAUCGAAGGGAAGCAAUGAAAGUGAUGACAUCGAUGUGACCACGGCUAGCGGCAUUGGUGAGGAAGUGGAUGGAGUCACAACGAUUGCUCCCCAGGAACCGGUAAUUGCCGUGACGGAUGAAGUGGAAUCGGUUGUCACGACGGAGAAAACGUUGCUUUCUCAGUCAACGGAAAGCAUUAUCGAUAAGCUGGACCGUGUACAGUCGGAACUGUCCAGUGGGUUGUUUGCCGGCAAGUUCCCGGUACUGAAGGAUCCCACCGCAGAAGAUCAGAAGGCAUCCAACUCUACCGCAUUACCUCCGGUGGUGAUCAGAAAGUUCCAACCGAAUGCCCGUGCAACAACGACGAAGAAACCACGUCCCGGGGUGACGGCCACCACCGCUAAACCCACCACGACAACGGACAGCUUGGUAAAAAAGAUCAAGUUCGAAACGAUUGAUGACAUAUCGGCUCUCUUGCCACCGGACUACAAGGCCAAAUCGGGUUUCAAGCUGAAGAAACCCAACCCGCCCGGUGAAACAUUACCGGCAUCGAGCGAUGCCCCGCUGGAGGACACGGCAAAGGCCGAGUUGGGCAAUCGGUUCCGUAGUGCAAACAUAAGUCGAUCGUACAAGAGCAAUGUACCGAUUCAGGAGCUAAGCUCGCUGCUACCGAAGGACUACAAGCUGAACCGUACUGAGGAGGACAUUAAGAGCACGAACAACCUGAAGGAACUCAUCAGCAAGGUGAAGGUGAAUGAAAAAGCUACUCCUGCACUAGAACUGCUGAAGAAGGCACAAAAGGUUGAUGUGAGUGCAUUCCUUCCACCAGGAUAUAAGCCGAUAGGAACGGAAAGUAAGCCAGAGUCUACGACCACCGCUGCGAAGUCAAUUGCGGUUUCGGUGGAAGACGAUGUAAGCAAGUUCCUGCCACCGGGUUACAAAACGUUCAAGACGACGAAGAAACCUACCACAGCGGCACCGGUAACGAUCAAGGACGAUAUAAGCAAAUUUUUACCUCCCGGUUACAAACUGCCGAAAGAGUCUACCGUGGACAGUACGUCCGAACGACCGAAGCUGGUGUUUAAUGAGGACGUCAGCAAGCUGCUUCCACCGGGAUACAAACCACCGGCCGAGGACGACACGAAACUCGUAGCCGAAGUGAUCGAUCCGAGCAGUUUGUUGAAAAAGAUUCAGUUCAAGGAUGUGUCGGAACUGCUACCGCCGGACUUCAACGGGAGCAAAAGCGACGAACCCUCGGUGAGUACCGUCGCAACGGGUUCGGCCGGCAGUGGCUUCAAGGUGGUGUUCCCGAGCCGUCCGGGAGUGAAAAAACCUCUACCAGGUGGGGCGGUCCGUGCAACAACGGCCAAACCGCUGCACGCGGAAGGUCCAGGUGUGCCGGAAAUUCACAUCCGCAAGGGACCACCAACACGAGCGACAACCGAAUUCACCGGUUGGCCAACACCGUCUACGACACCGCUCUCGAUCGAGAAGCUACUGGAGCAGCAGAAACAGCAGGAACUGCUCGAAAAGUUGCUCGCUUCAUCGAGCAGCACUAGCACGUCUACGACGACCACGACGACGACGACGACCACCACUACUACUCCUAGACCAACGGAACCGGGUCUCUGCCAUUCGGAGUGUGAUCUGGCUGGCACGAUACGUAUUGUAGACGGUGUGAAGUGGGUACCGGAACUACUGGAUCACAAUACGGCCGAGUGGAAAAAGCUGGCCCGUGAGGUCGAAACGGAAUUGAACGAGGUGUACAGUAAGGCGAAGAACUUAAGCAAAUGGUACAAGAAGGUGCGCAUCGAUAGCUUCAACAAGGGUAGCGUGCUGGUGGAUUACUUUGUAGAGCUGACGGAUUUGACGCGCGAUGUCAACACGCUGGAGAUCAGGAAGAUGUUCCACGAAGCGCUCGUACCGGUGCCAGAAACGACGACGACGACUACGACAACUACGACCAUCGGAUCGGACGAUUAUGACGGCGAGCGAGAGGAGGAGGAAACCAAAGCGGAAAAGGAACCGGUGCAGCGGGAAAAUUUGCAAGCACCGGCCCAACGUGUGAAGGAAGUGUUCCAGCUUGGAAAGUUCCGGGUCGAUCCUGUGUAUACUGAUUUUACAGUCAUUCCGAAGCCAAUUGUUGCUGCUGGACCGGCGAUUGAGGACGAUCUGUUCCUGCCACAGUGGGCUAUCGCUGUGAUUGUGAUCGGUUUGGCGUCGUUGCUUUUCGUUAUCCUUUUCGGUGUCACUGUGCUAAUCAACCGCCAAAAGGCAGCCAAAAAGAAGGCACCAACGCCACUCACCGCUGAUAUGCUGAAUGAGCUGAACAAGAACCACAUGGGAGGAAUUGAAAACUUUGGUUCGGAGGAUCUGUACAACCUGGACGAUGCAUGGGACGAUCGUAUGCAUGAUGUGAAGCCAAAGCGAUUCUCGAACUCAAUGCACGGUAGCAGCGCUUCCAAUAUUUACGACAGCUGGCGAUCGCAACGCCAUCCGGAAAAUUACUUCUACGACGAUUAUGGGCUAAAGGGAUCACACUAUCCACCGAGCGGCCAUCACCAUCGGUUACACGAUCCGGCGUUUAUGAUGCACGAACCGCCGCCACCGGUGAUGGCGAUGUAUCCGCCGUACCAUCAUGCACCACCGCCACCAAACAGUCACCAUUUUAGUAACAGUUCGCGACGGUACUACCGGGACUACGAUCCGAACUUCUGAGCUUGGCUGCCGUUGCCAUAGGAGAAAUUAAUGUGCGUGUGUUUCACUCGUUCCCACGAAAAAGAGAUCGCGCGAUACAACUGUUCACUCGUUGUAGGGUUGUUUACUAGCAAUCGGUUCCGUCCGCUUGAAGUGGACCUGAAGUCUUACUGUUAACUGUAGGAAGUCGUAUCGUGUAGCUGAAUCGUAGCUGCUAAUGUAUAUAAAUUAUUUAUUUUUAAUAAAAAAUACUAUAGAUAAAAUAUAAAAUUUUCAAACCGA